AUGAUCUGGCCAUCUCCGCAACACUCCAACGUCCCUGGUCAAUCGCGCAUCUUUAUUUACCUUGGCCUGACCGCGGUCUUCCUACUGUUCUCUUAUCAGCUCGUGCUCAAUCAUGAACUACUUGGUUCGGUCGCAGACUGGGCCAGUGAAUCGGCAUUUCCAUCGCUGGGCUUCGAUUCAUCCGACAACACUGCAGAUGCGAGUGGAAUUGAAAUUGCAGAUACAAAUGAGAAUGAGAAUGACAAAAUAAUCGCCAUUCAUGGUAGUCAUUCUAUCAAUGCCCUCUUCCCAUCUUCACCAACGAGCAAGAGCAUCAAUCUCGACAUCCCGACUUCCACCCCGAGCACCGGCGUCCAUGUCGCUCCCACGCAGACAGCUGUUCCGCCUCGAGAGAAGGAAUUGGUGUUUGCUGCCAUGCUCAAGACUAAUAUGUCGUGGGUGACGGAAAAUCUGCCCGAAUGGCACUCCAAUAUCUAUCGCGUCGAUGCAUCACCUGAACAAGCCGAAUUGACCGUCCCGGCCAAUCGGGGCAAUGAAGCGAUGGUAUUUCUGACAUAUAUAAUCGAUCGCUACGACUCUCUCCCAGACGUCAGCAUAUACCUUCACAGCGGUCGCUACCAAUGGCACAACGACAACCCACUCUACGACUCGGUCAUAUCAGUCCGUGACCUCCAACCCACCUUCGUCCGGAAAGCGGGCUACGUCAAUCUCCGCUGUACAUGGGCUAUCGGAUGUCCCGCCGAACUCGAACCAGCACGAUACUACCGCGAACGGCCUGAUGACCAGGACCACAUAACCGCGGUCUUGUUCCCGGAUAGUUUUGCCCAGCUGUUUCCGGAUCUCGAGAUGCCCGAGCUCAUUGGCGUGCCGUGUUGUAGUCAGUUUGCGCUAUCGAGGGAGAAAAUUCACGAGAGGCCCCUUGAGGAUUAUAUUUGGGUGAGGCAGUGGUUGUUGAAUUCGUCGCUGGAUGCGUCGAUUACCGGGCGGAUUUUUGAAUAUUCUUGGCAUAGUAAGUUCAAGUUCACAUUCCUGUCCCUUGCAUCCGCGUCGCACCAUGUGAUUGGACUCGGAAUCUGCGAAAUCUGCAGGAGGGUUUCCUCUUGGAAGUUGAUUCGUGCUAACGGUGCCACAGUUAUGUUCGGUAAACCGACGGAGUUUUGUCUCGAUCCUCGCCAGUGCUUCUGCAAUACCUAUGGUUACUGCGAUAUGAGCGAUGAGGAUUUGCAACAGCAGUGGCAGUGGCGUGGUCAGACUCUUCCGGAGGGCUGGCCGAAUGUGCCCGAUGCAGCGACACAGGCACAUUUAUCUAGAGAGGCAGAGGCAGAGGCAGGGACAGAGAAGUCCACGAAGACAUCAUCACGGAAGCGAAGUCUUGCCCUGGCCGACGAAAUGCCGGACAUCAGCGACGCUUCACGGCAGGCCUUACGAGACGCAGCUGUAUAA